UUACUUCUUCACCAAGUUCCCAGUUAAGAACAGAAUGGUGGCGGAGCGCGCCUGGCUGUAGUAGGUUAGACCAAGUGAUUUGAAAGCUGCAUACGAGUCCAGGAGGUUGACUUAAAUUUCAUGGAAAAUACUGACCCACAACCCUCAGAGGACACAAUAACUGGAAUGCUGGACACUGAGUCUCCUGUCAUGGAGAGCAAUGGGGAUGCCUUUCUUCCUGACCUGCCUGUUCUAGCCCAAGCAGCUGACUGGGCCUUAGACCAGGUUGCUCCAGAACCACUUUCCAGCAUCUUGCCUGAUGACUCAGAUGCGUCUCAGGACGCUCCUGAGCCACCGCAGCUACCAGACCAGCAGAUGAUUACCACAGGGCUUGGUGCCGUUGAGAAGGCUGUGGAGCAAUUUCAGCUUGCUAGUGCUCAGCUCUUCCAAGAGGAGCAGCCACCACCUCCUCCUCCUCCUCCACCACAGCCUGCAGAGGAGCCAGUACAUUCACCAGAACUCAAAGCAGAUACUGAAGAGACUCAACUAGACAGCAUUGAGAUGAGAAUAGAGCCAGAAGCAGCUGUACAAGAUGGCAGUCAAGGUAAUGGAACUGAGGCACCACAGGUGACAGAGGACGGCAUGGAGCUGGAGGAACCAUCCAAAGAUACGACAGAGGAAGCGACUGUCCCUACAGAGCCUGAGCUGCCCAGCGAGUUUGAAAAGCUCUUUAAAGGGUGUGAGGAGAACCCAGAAGACUUUAAUGGAUGGGUCUACCUGCUGCAGCAAGUGGAGCAAGAGAAUAUCCUUGCAGCGGUGAAAAAAGCAUUUGAUGUAUUCUUCAUGCAUUAUCCCUACUGCUAUGGCUACUGGAAGAAGUAUGCAGAUAUUGAGAAAAAGCACGGAAAUAUACAGGUUGCAGAGGAGGUGUACAGAAGAGGUUUGCAGGCCAUACCUCUCAGUGUGGACCUGUGGCUGCACUACCUCACCUUCAUCAAAGAAAACUCAGACCCUGCUGACCCGGAAACUGAGGGGCGCAUCAGAGCUGCCUAUGAACAUGCAGUGCUUGCAGCAGGCACAGACUUCCGCUCAGACCGUCUGUGGGAGGCCUUCAUUAGUUGGGAGACAGAGCAGGAAAAGCUGGCUAACGUCACCGCAGUCUAUGACCGCAUCCUGGGCAUCCCGACCCAGCUUUACUCUCAGCACUUCCAGAGGUUCAAAGAUCACGUCCAGAGCAACAACCCCAAACACUUCCUCUCAGAGGAGGAGUUUGUUCAGCUGAGGGUUGAGCUCUCUAAAGCCAGCCUGACUCCGAUGGUCAGCGAAGAGGACGAGACGCCUGCUCCUCAGGAGGAUCUGCCGCCGGGUACAGAGGAUCUUGCCGACCCUGCUAAGAGAGUGACAGAGAUUGAGAAUAUGCGUCACAAGGUGAUUGAGGUGCGGCAGGAGGUGUUCAACCACAACGAACAUGAAGUCAGCAAGCGCUGGACGUUUGAAGAAGGGAUCAAGAGGCCAUACUUCCAUGUCAAAGCCUUAGAGAAGACCCAGCUGAACAACUGGAAGGAGUACCUGGACUUUGAAAUCGAAAAUGGGACCCCGGAGCGCGUGGUUGUGCUUUUUGAACGCUGCCUCAUUGCCUGUGCACUCUACGAGGAGUUUUGGACCAAGUAUGCAAAAUAUCUAGAGGGCUACAGCACUGAUGGUGUGAGACACGUCUACAAGAAAGCGUGCACCAUCCAUCUGCCCAAGAAACCAGCCAUCAACCUGCUGUGGGCGGCCUUUGAGGAGCAGCAAGGUAACAUGGAUGAAGCUCGUGACAUCCUGAAGUCCCUGGAAGCAGCAGUCCCUGGUCUUGCCAUGGUGCGUCUUCGGAGGGUCAGCCUCGAGCGGCGCCAUGGACACUUGGAUGAAGCAGAGGUGCUGUUACGGGAGGCAAUGGAGUCAGCGAAGAAUGCUACAGAGUCCUCGUUCUACGCCGUGAAGCUGGCCAGACAGCAGAUGAAGGUGCAGAGGAGUCUGAGCAAGGCCAGGAAGGUGCUGCUGGAUGCUAUCGAAAAAGACCAGACGAGUCCAAAGCUGUACCUGAACCUGCUGGAGUUAGAGUACAGCGGGGACGUGACGCAGAACGAGGCUGAGAUCUUGGCUUGUUUCGACCGGGCCCUGCAGAGCCCAAUGCCCAUUGAAUCCCGCCUCCUCUUCAGCCAACGCAAAGUUGAGUUCCUGGAGGACUUUGGCAGUGACAUCAACGCGCUUGUUGCUGCAUCUGAGGAACAUCAGAAACUCCAGAAAGACAGUGAACCCACAAAGAGGAAGGCGGAGAACGGGUAUGACAGCUCCCAGGAACCAGACACCAAAAGACAGCGCGUGGAUGAAAGCUCCACGGGUGCAGCUAACGCAGUGACGGACACACAGGCAAACAACUCUGCUUACAACUACAACUGGUACCAGCAGCAGUACGGUGGAUGGGGACAAAACUCCUGGGGGCAAUACAACCAAUACGGGCAGUAUAACCAGUACUACCCUCCUCCUCCCACAUAAUGGACAAAAACCUGACCUGAAGAUUGGAGAUCUAGAGAAAAGCAUCUUUUCUGACCUGCGUACAUCUCUGAUGGCUACUUAAAGGACUGAGAGUUCAAUCCCACCAUAGAAACUGAUUUGUUCCUCCUUUGUGGUGCAAUGUGGGUUAAUCAGAUAUAUUACGCUUUGUAGGCAUAAUUGGAAAUAACACACUUGGCCCUCCAUGGCAGUCUUGAUUAUCCAUGUCUAAAAAAACAAAACAAAAAUAUAUUGUUCACCCAUCAUCUCAAACACUGGUUGCUUUUUGGGAUUGUUUAAUGCAUGUUAACUGUGAAGGCAGAUUUGUUUUUCCCUGUGUGAAAAGGCUUUUUAUCUUUUAGAUUGGAUGACUUAGUUAUCUCAUUCUUUGUGUUUAAGAUUUAAACUUGUAAAGGAGGCAUUCAAAGAUGUACCUCUGAGUUGUGUGUUUCUCUUUCCCAAAACUGAAAGAUUUUUAAUAUUUCAUGGUUAUGUUUCCAAACAGUAAAUGAAGAUUUUCUCCUUUUUUUUUAUUUUGACUUGAUUUCAUAAUAAAGAGAUUGAUAUCCUGAA